UCAUUCAACAAAAUGAAUGUUAUUCACACACAGUUCAGCCGAAUAUGACAAUGUCCUCAGAGAAAAUCUUUUUAUUAUUUCUCAUUAAGUGCCAUCCCAAUGACGUAUUGAUUUGGCGUAAUAGGAGUUAAUUCGGUCGUGAAGAUGAAUUCAGUUAGUUAAAUUGAGGACUAUUUAAAAGUGUGAACACUUAAAACUAGUCAGUACAGAAGUUCGUAUCUUUUCGUGAGGAUCUGUGGUCUGAGAUCGCAAUUUUUUUUAUUUGUAAACAUGAAGGACUCUAAGAAAUCGACUAACAAAAAAAGGAAACAUAGGAAAUCCUAUAUUGAUUACAAUAGUGAUUCGGAUUACGAUAUCUAUGAUGUGAAAAAACGUCCUGUGCUUGAGUUUGUGCCAAACAGUGAUCAAGAAUCGGAUGAUGAAAGCAUACAAAAUCUCAAAAAAUGCGAGCCAGGUUCUAAUGGAGAUCAAAGUGUGCAAUACUGGGAAUUGUACAAAUUCGCUACAUGUCUGGACUGGUUCUGCAUUUCAAUUGGAGUUGUGUGCUCAAUUGUUUGCGCCCUUUGCAUGACCUACUUCGGUAUACAAUAUGGCUACAUAACAGGUGCUUUUGUGGACUACGUGGUAACUGCAUCAAAUUCUUCUUCUACCCCUGUUGACCGAGAGCAUGCACGUGAGAUAAUGAUGGACAAAGUUUUCCUUAUGAGCAUGGAAGUUCUUGGAAUGGGGUUGCUGACCAUACUGACCCAAUAUUUGGCUGGAGUAUUGUUCGCAUACAGCAGUCUUAGACAGUCUCACAUAAUCCGUAAACUUUUUCUUGACAAAAUGCUGCAUCUGGACAUAAGUUGGUACGACCUAAACAGAACAGGAGAUUUCGCAACUAUUAUCUCAGAAAAUCUCACGAAGAUAGAGGAUGGCAUUGGAGAAAAAGUAUUCCACUUCAUCUAUUUCGAAACGGUUUUUCUAUCUUGCUUGAUUUAUUCGCUCAUUUUAGCCUGGAAACUCACCCUCAUUUGCUCAGUUUCUCUGCCAGUCUCGAUGAUAAUAAUGGGUUUGGUUUCAUGGAUGUCAACGAAAUACGCAAACGCAGAAGCCGAAUCGCAUUCAAAGGCCGGAUCUGUAGCCGAAGAAGUAUUUUCUGCUAUCAGAACCGUUGUAGCUUUCGAAGGUCAAAAGAAGGAAUUGAGGAGGUACGUGGAGCCAUUGGAGAAGUCCAAAAAAUCCAACAUAAAGAAAAGUUUUUUGGACGGAUUGAGUAAUGGUUUUCUAUGGUUCUUCGUGUAUGCAGGCUGCUCAGCAUCAUUCUAUUUUGGAAUCAAUAUGUUGAUAGAUGAUAGAAGUUUGCCUGUAGAAGAGAGAUUGUAUGAUGCAAGCGUAGUCGUUGUGGUUUUCUGUGACACCUUCAUCGCUUUCUGGAUGUUCAGCUCGGCUGCUCCUUACUUUUCAAUAUUUGGAGCAGCUUGUGGAGCUGCCAGUAAGGUCUUCAGAAUCUUAAACACUGAACCUAAAAUCAACACAUCUAAUCAAACUGGCGCCAAACUAAAAAACCUCAAGGGUGAAAUCAGGUUCAACGAUGUGCACUUCAGAUAUCCAGCUAGAUCAGAUGUUAAGAUUUUAAACGGGGUCACCCUGAAGAUUGCUCCGGGAGAAAGCGUUGCUUUCGUUGGAAGGUCAGGAUCAGGAAAAUCCACCUGUAUCCAGUUGUUGCAACGUUUUUAUGAUCCGAUAGAAGGAGAGGUAUACUUGGACAACACCGAUUUGAAGGAUCUGAAUCUAACGUGGCUGAGAUCUAAGAUAGGCAUCGUUGGACAAGAACCAGCUUUAUUUGCAACAACUAUUUCAGAAAAUAUCCGGUAUGGAAAGCUCUCUGCUACGCAAGAAGACAUAGAGAAGGCAGCUAAGAAGGCCAAUAUCCACAAAUUCAUCAAGAGUUUGCCCAAUGGAUACGAAACUGUAAUUGGCGAGAGAGGUACCCAAUUAUCUGGAGGUCAAAAACAAAGAAUCGCUAUUGCCAGAGCAUUGGUCGGUAAACCUUCUAUUUUGCUAUUGGACGAAGCAACUUCUGCGUUGGACACCACUAGUGAAGCUGAGGUGCAGGCAGCUUUGGAUUCAGUGAGCCAAGAAUGUACGACCAUUAUAGUUGCCCAUAGACUAUCGACAGUUAAGGAUGCAAAUAGGAUAUUUGUAUUUUCUGAAGGAUCAAUCGUUGAAGAAGGGGCUUACCAACAACUGAUAGACUCGAGAGGAAUUUUCUACAAUCUGGUUAAAUCUCAAGAUGUAAGCCAUGAAGCGGAUGAAAAGGGCGGAGAAGAAACGAUAGAUCUUAAUGAGUACGGAACGCAGCCUCAGGAUCGUGAGUAUGGUUACAGAAGAGAUUCCGGGAUGGAUAUACACAAGUUCAGACACAGAAAUAGUGUAGCAACUGUUAAGUACGGUUCGAUGGCAACUUUUAUGAAGGUGCUGAAGCUAAACAAACCAGAAUGGUUUUGGAUAUUUGUAGGGUGUGUAGCGUCUAUGCUGAUAGGAUGCACUCUGCCUGCUUACUCUGUCUUAUUUGGAGAUAUUGCUGGGAUCUUAGCCGAACAGGACAACAAUUCCCUGACAUCAACGACAAACUAUUUCUGUCUCUUAUUCUUAAUUCUUGCCAUCUUGGCGUUGAUACUCUACAUCAUACAGAUGUACUCUUUCGGAGUUGUUGGUGAGAAUCUGUCACUUCGCAUCAGAGGCAAACUUUUCGACGCCAUCUUGAAUAUGGAAGUGGGUUGGUUCGAUCGUAAAGAAAACGGUGUGGGAGCUCUAUGCGCUCGAUUGUCAGGUGAUACGGCAGAGAUGCAAGGGAUCUCCGGAAUGCCCGUUGGAACAAUACUACUCUCCUUAUGUACUCUCAUUAUAUCCAACGGCUUAGCGCUGUAUUUCCAUUGGAAAAUAGCUCUAGUGAUGAUUGUAUUCGUACCCUUCAUAUUUGUCGGAAUUUACUUCGAACAGAAAAUAAUGCACGGAGAAUCAGAUCUCAAGGACAAUCAACUACAGAGAUCAGCCGCGAUUGCAGUUGAAGCCAUUGGAAACAUAAGAACAGUAGCGUCCCUCAGUUGCGAAAGAGUUAUUUGUAACCUAUACAAUGAGGAACUCAAGGUUUAUGUGGAAACUUCAAAAGCCAAGUCGCAUUUUAGGUCAUUCAUGCUUGGGUUUUCCAAGAGUAUAUUGUUCUUCUCCUACGCAGCUGGCAUGAUCUAUGGUGCUAAGUUGAUUGCUGAUGAGGGAGUUCCUUAUGGAACAGUCCUCAAGAUAUGCGAAUUGGUAUUUUAUGGUUCUUGGGCUUUGGGUAAUGCUUUCGCGUUUGCUCCAAAUCUCCAAAGAGGUAUUAUUGCAGCAAAGCGGAUCUUCGCUGUACUAGAAAGACAGCCGUUGAUAAAGAAUGUUAAAUACGCUUCCAGAAGACCUUGGGAGACUGGUAACAUCGAGUAUUCUCAAGUAUAUUUCUCAUACCCUACGAGGCCAGAUAUUCCUAUUCUGAGAGGUUUAGACCUUGAGGUGCCAACAGGAAAAACGAUAGCCCUAGUAGGAUCAAGUGGUUGCGGUAAAAGUACUAUUGUGCAACUAUUGGAAAGAUUUUACGAUCCGUGCGUUGGUGAAGUCAAUGUUGAUGAUUCUGACAUAAGCGUUAUGGAUCUUCAACAUCUAAGGACCCAAUUCGCUAUAGUAUCUCAAGAACCUAACUUGUUCGAUAUGACUAUAGCUGAGAAUAUAGCUUAUGGGGUCAACCAGAAGACUACCACUAUGGCAGAAAUCGUUCAAGCAGCCAGAAAUGCCAACAUACAUGAUUUCAUCAGUUCUUUGCCAUUGGGCUAUGAAACAUCAUUGGGCACCAAAGGAACUCAAUUAUCAGGUGGACAAAAACAAAGAAUAGCAAUUGCAAGAGCUCUCAUUCGCAACCCAAGAAUCCUAUUGUUAGAUGAGGCAACCUCAGCCUUAGACAAUGAAAGCGAAAAGAUUGUACAAGAGGCCCUCGAUAAAGCCAAAGAAAACAGAACCUGCAUAGUCAUAGCUCAUAGGUUGACAACAGUACAAGACGCGGAUCUAAUUUGCGUAUUGAACAAGGGAAAGGUUGUCGAAAUGGGAAGACAUAACGAGCUGAUAGAGAAAGGUGGACAUUAUUACGAAUUCUACAAGCUCCAAUCGACUGUGGCUUAGAAAGAGCCUUAGGAACAAAGAGGCCGCACUUAUCUAACCACGAAAUGGCUGGUCACGUGGAAUUCUGACUUUUUUUUAUUUCGUGAAACAAGACUGCUCCGAAACUGUAGAUGUAUUGGUUGAAUGUUCAUGAAAUUGUUGUAUGUAGAGAAUGCUGGAUGUGCGAUUGUUGGAUUUGAACAAGCUUCAAGUAAAAGCUUCAACAAUAUAUCUAAUAGUAGCUAUAUUACUCAGAUAUUGCAAGUUAUAUAAAAAAUUUGAAAUAAUGAUCUUCGUCUGAAAAUAUUUUAAGAAAUACCCAUAUAUGUAUAUUCGUAUGACAGACAAGUUUUUUAAUUCCUAGGUGGCUCGAUUGGUAAGAGCCUCGGACUAGUGAUUCGGAGGUUGCGGGUUCAAUUCCCGCUCGAGGAGGUACUUUUUUUGGAAUUGAAAAAGUAGUCUGUCAUGCCAAUAUAAAUAUUCCUUGUUAUAAGAAAGCAUUCGGUAUAACUGUGACUAACUUCAUUCAAUCUUGAAAUUAGGUGAAACAAUUGCCAUUACCUACUCUGAAGCUACUGUUGAUUGGAUUGGAUGCAAAAAUUAGUGAUUAAUUCAUUGAUGUUGCCGAAAGAGCAACUGAAGCAAAACUAGUAAUUUAUAUCAAGGUUUUCUGAGUGCAGAAUGAAUAAAUAUUAAUAUUUAGAUAAUCAUACCUUCUAUUUUUUCAUCAAAUUCAUUGUUAUUCACCCAUUAUUAUUGAUUCGAUGAUAUCUAUAAAAAUUCAUGUUAAAGC